CAAACAACUUGCGAUCCAAUAUUUGGCAUGAGGGACCCAUCAAUUGCUAUACUUGUGAUAGUGAACAAGACUGCGCUCAUGGCAUAGGCGUGAUUCAAAAAUGUGAAAAUAAUGACGAUCAAACAUGUGUUAUAGUUUUCAAUGAAAAUGGGGUAGUAAGACAGCGAGGCUGCAGUGAUAAAAUCGUCUCUUCCCAAUACAGCACCUACUGUAGUGAAAAUCCAGCCAGAUGUCCAACAUGCUCAUCAUCUGGUUGCAAUGAGGCCACAUCCAUGGAUCAAUUUAGUGAAUGUUUGACCUGCGACUCCAGCAUAGACAAGGACUGUGUAUUAAAUCCCAGCGCUAUCACCACAAGCACGCUGUGCUAUGGAGGUUGCAUGACUGCUCUCUAUCCAACAAGCGAUGUAAGCAACCCUGCAUACGGCUUGGUGAGAUCCUGUUUGAAUGAUCGUGAUAUAGAUGAGCAAAAAUCCUGUCUGAAUGGAAAUGACCCUAUGUGUGUUGCAUGUAAUGAAGCAAAUUGUAACUUUAAUGCUUUGCCCGAUGUAAGACAUUCUUGUUACCGCUGUUUGGGCGAUGAUUGCGAAGAUCCCGUUCCUGAAGACUGCCCCGCAUACAGGGAAAACGAUCAGUGUUUCAUGCGUUUUGAAGAGGGCAACAAUGAUGCAGUCGAGCUGGGAUGUUUGUCCGACUUUGAUUCCGAGGAUGUUGUAAUAAAUUUAGUAAAACAAAAAUCUUUGUAUAUUUGUGAUUCCGUGAACUGUAAUGGAUUUGAACAUUUACCUAAAACAUUCGAAUGCACUAGCUGUUCAUCCGUGGAUACCGAAGCAUGUGCCACUAAACCUACAACAAUAACGGUACAAUCCAAAUGCAAUACCAUGCCAUACACUCAGUGCUAUGAAAAAAUUAAAGGAACAGCUACAGAGCGCGGCUGCCUCUCGGAUUUAGUGGAAGAUGAAUUCUACAACUGCUUAACCGGCUCCGAUGAUAAAUGUAGGAUAUGUGAAGGAAAUAUUUGCAAUGAGGAGAUUAUCCCUGAAAAAAGGUUGCGUUGCCACCGAUGUGACUCAAACUCUGAUGCAGCAUGCCACUCUUCCCCUUCAGCCUCGUCGGUAUGCCCCUCAUUUAUGCAUGAUGACGCUUGUGUAGCUAGCUACGAAAACGGUGUAACCAAACGUGGCUGCCUUUCAGAAUUUACAUGCGCAGAGGAUUCUAAGAAUUGCGAAAUAUGCUUCGGAAAUAACUGCAAUACCGUCAAUAUUAAGAAACGUGUAGACGAAUUAUAUGGUGUCUUCCAGGAUCUUCCUUUAAACUGUAAUACAUGUGUUGGCGAUGAAUGCCAAACCGGUGUACGGAAUCCCAGGAAAUGCGAAGGUGAUCCAUACCAGGACUGUAUGACUGUAUUUAACUCGAAUGGAGACGUUGUAAGUCGUGGUUGUGAAAGUGUCGUGUUACAGGAUUUUCAAACGCACUGCAGUGAAAAUCCACACCUUUGUUUCAACUGCAAAUCCAACGGUUGUAACGAUAUGACGGACCACUUGAAUACUCAAGUUUGUCUAUAUUGCGAUGCUUCUAGUAACUCUGACUGCCUAUUCAAUCCCGAAAGCAUUACAUCCACAAGGACAUGUACUCUUGGCUGUGUAUCGUCUCUCUAUCCACGCAAAACCAACCCCAAAGUAUACGAUUUUGUUCGCACUUGCUUUGAAGACAUAGAACCGGACAAUCGGGAGAGUUGCACAAAAGAAAAUAAUUGCGUCUUCUGCUCCAAUGAUAAAUGUAAUACUGAUAUUUUGCCCGAAACUGGGCGCCUUUCCUGUAAUCACUGCGAUGGUAACAACUGUGAUGCUCCUCAGUCUAGGUUAUGUACAGGAUAUGCUGCAGAUGAUCAAUGUUAUAUGUACUUCGAUAAUGUCACGCACAGCGUUGUCAAAAUGGGAUGCCGCAGCGAAUCCACAAUCGACAUUUUAGCCAACAUCAAGCAGUACUUCAUAUGCGACGGGGAUAAUUGCAACACUUACGGAAAUCUUCCUGAAGCCAGAUUUUGUUAUGCCUGUAAUUCGGAAAGCGAUGUGAACUGUGCUUCGAAUCCCUCAAAAGUGACAGCCCAAAAUAGGUGCCAGAAUUAUCCAUACACUGAAUGUUAUACUCGAAUCCGCGAAGAUGGUCAUACUGAACGUGGUUGUAUAUACAACUUGCCCAUCGAUGUAUUUGUGGCUUGCAAUGCUGGUGAUCCGGAUUCAAAAUGCCGAAUAUGUGCUGAAAGUGGCUGCAACAGAAACACUUUUCCAGCAAGCAGGCAGCAAUGUCACCGCUGUAAUUCGUUGACAGACGUCAACUGUGAAGCUGAGCCUAAUGCCGUUCAAGCGUGCCCACUUUUUGUCGAGGAUGAUGGUUGUGUUACACAAUGGAUCGGUGGCGAAACUCGCCGUGGUUGUACUUCGGAAUUAAAUUGUGAUGGUCUUAACAGAAAGAACUGUCGCGAGUGCCCAGAAAAUGGUUGCAAUUCUAUAAAUUUAGCCAACGAAGACAUUGGAAAGUUGGGCUUGUUCGCUGAUCUCCCAUUAACAUGUUAUCACUGCAAUGACACUGAACAAUGUGAUGAAUCACCCGGUAUUUUUAAUGUGUGUACAGGAAACAGGAAUCAAACAUGUACUGUAGUUUUCAACGCAAACGGCGAAGUCAUUCAACGUGGAUGCAGCGAUCUUGUGGACAAAGUUUGCACACAGGCUGGAAACGUUUGUUACGACUGUAAAUCUUCAGGUUGCAACUCCGCGAAUACAGAAUCGGACUAUGUAAAUUGUAUUUUCUGCGAUGCUCAGGAAGACGACAGUUGCACGUUUAAUCCGCAAGUAAUAUCGCGCACCAGAAAGUGUCAUAAGGGUUGCAUGACAGCACUAUACCCACGAACUGAUGACGAGAACCCUGUAUAUGAACUCAUUAGGACUUGUCUGGAUGACAAAAAUUUGGACGACCGCAAAAACUGUGAAUCAUCUAACGAUCCUAAAUGUAAAUCUUGCUUGGAAGAAAACUGUAAUAAAGACGAUGUAGGCCGCCGUAAAUCUUGUUAUCAAUGCCGGGGCGAUGAAUGUCAAAAUGCUCAAGCCCAAACAUGCAGAGCAGUUAUGGACAACGAUCAAUGUUUCGUACAGUUUGAUGAAACUGGUUCCAUUGUCGAAUUGGGUUGUAAAAGCAAAUACGAUCCCCCAGUAGUGAAGACGCUUGUGACUGCAAAGCUCCUGUGGUUGUGCGAUGAUGACGAUUGUAACCACAUCGAUAAUAUUCCCCAGCCACAAUCCUGCACACUGUGCAACUCGUUGACAGAUGCCAAAUGCGCCACGAACCCAGAGUCUAUUAAGUCGUAUACAAAAUGUGGUUCAUUGCCUUAUUCGCAAUGUUACUCCCGUGUCUUACAGAAUGGUCAUACUGAACGCGGUUGUCUGUCUAAUUUGGAAGACGAAGAAUUCUACAAUUGUUUACAAAACAAAAAUGCUACUGAAUGCCAGAGUUGUAUAGGGGAAAAUUGCAAUAACAAGAUAUAUCCAAGUGAUCGUACUACUUGCCACGUAUGUUCAUCGGACACUUCCGAAAAUUGUGAAACCAGUCCAAAUGCGUCGCAAGUGUGUUUGAAAUACAUUCCAAAUGACAGAUGUGUUUCCACGAUUGAUAACAAUGGUCUCACAGUCCGCGGAUGUAACUCUCAACUUUCAUGCGAUGAGUCGGACCCAUCUAAUUGCCAGAUUUGUAAUGGAAGCGAUUGCAAUAAAGGGAACCUAUUACGUAAGUCCGAUGGUAAACCUGGACUGUGGCAAGAUCUGCCACUGACUUGUUUCGAAUGCACCAAUGUGGACGACUGUAAAUCGGAAAAAUCGCAGCAGACUUGCAGUGGAAGCGAAUACUGUAUGACUGUUUUCAACUCCAACGGGGAAGUUGUUAAACGCGGCUGUAGUGACGUCGUAGAGGAGGAACAUGGAUCCUAUUGCGAUGUCAAUUAUGAAAAUUGUUUUAACUGCAAUUCCAACCUAUGCAAUAACGCCAAUGCUUUGACCGAAUAUAAAGAAUGCGUUUAUUGCAAUUCUGAAACCAAUAGCGAGUGUAACUUUAGACCUGAAAAUGUGAAAAGGCGACGUAAAUGCAAUGGUGAUUGUAUGACAGCUCUGUAUAAGCUUUCAAAUAGCUCUGCAUAUGGUGUUGUAAGAUCGUGUCUGGACGAUAAAGAUGUAAUCGAUCAAAAAUUGUGUUCAUCGGAAUCAGAUGACGAAUGUACGUCUUGCUCCGGUACUGCUUGCAAUGUUGCACUUAUUCCAGAAACUCGACUUUCAUGCUAUUCUUGCAUCGGUGAUAAUUGUGUAGAACCCGAUGUUACUCUGUGCUCUAAAUACAAACCCGAUGACCAGUGUUUUAUUCUUUUCGAUGAAAAGAGUGAUGUUGUUCAAAUGGGAUGCGUCAGUGAUUUAGACGAGAGUUUCGUAUCAAACAACAUUCAUCGAUUAUAUACUUGCGACAGCAUCAAUAACUGCAACGGUUUUGAAAAUAUCCCCAAAAUAACAAUGUGUGCUGAAUGCAAUUCGAAUGAGGAUCCUGAUUGUGCUUCAUCGCCACAAAAUGUGCCAACUGUUACUCAAUGCACCUCGCGCCCGAAUACUCAAUGCUACACAAAAGUCAAUAACGACGGCUCCACGGAACGUGGAUGUGUGAGUAGCCUAGAUCAAUCACAAAUGCUUAGUUGUCUCGGUGGAAACGACAAGGAAUGCAGUGCAUGUGAGGGUGAUAGAUGCAAUAUACAGAUCUUUCCAGCAGACCGGCGUCGUUGUCAACGUUGCAACACAAAAGAUGAUCCUACAUGUGAAAAUUCUCCGGAUGCCUCGUCCGUAUGUCCUACUUACGAUAGCACUCAAUUCUGUGCAACCAAACUGGUAAAUGGCCAUACUUAUAGGGGUUGUAGCACAGAAUUCAACUGUGAUGACAGCGACAAACAGUACUGCCGUCAAUGUUAUGACUCGGAUAACUGCAACGUUGUUGAUUUAGCCAGCAUCAACAUUGGGGAGCCUGGAAAAUGGCAAGGGUUACCUCUCAAUUGCUAUUCCUGCGAAGGAGAAGAGUGUGCGAAGGGAAAUGGUAUUGUAAAUGUGUGUACGGGCAACAAUUUACAAACAUGCACCACUGUCUUCGGUCUAAGUGGCUCCGUUGAAAAACGUGGAUGCAGCGACGCAGUAAGCAUUUCGCAUGGUGACUUCUGCGACCUUAACCCAGACAAAUGCUUUAAUUGUAAAUCGAAUGGAUGUAAUACCGCCCAAUCUUUGGAGGACUAUACAGAUUGUUAUUUCUGUGAUUCGGCAUUAGAUGCUGAUUGUUCUGUUGCAUUUAACAUGGCGAAGAGCAGGACACGAAAGUGCCACGGCAAAUGUAUGGUAGCAUUGUACCCACGUACUAGUGGUAAUGAUCCGGCCUUUGAAUUAGCUCGUACUUGCUUAGAUGACAUGGAUUUAGAUGAUAGAGAAGCUUGUGUCAGUGGAAAAAAUGAGUUCUGUAAAGCCUGUAGCGGCCCACGAUGCAACACAAUGAAUGUGCCUGAGGAACGUUUUGAAUGUUACAAAUGUGUAGAUGAUGAUUGUGAAGAUAUGGAACUUAGACAAUGUAGUGCAUACCAUACCAACGAUCAAUGUUAUACUCUUUUCAACAAUGAAAGUUCAAUUGUUGGCAUGGGAUGUCGUAGUGAGUUUGAAUCCGAUGUUGUAACCGAACUCGUGAAACAAAAACAACUGCUUUUGUGCAACGAAAAGGAAUGCAACUCCCCACAUAAUAUCCCCUCGCCUAAAUCAUGUUCAGUAUGCUCUUCAGAAAGCAAUUCCCUUUGUGCUACUAAUCCCAAUUUAGUAGCAAAUAUCGAACGCUGCUCCUCACUUCCUUACACCGAAUGCUACACUCGUGUAAAUAGCUAUGGUCAUACCGAACGUGGGUGUUUGGGAUCACUAGAAAGCUCGAUUUUCUACGGCUGCAUCAUGGGCACUGAUAAUUUGUGCGAGAUUUGCGUUGGAGAUAAGUGUAAUGAAAUCGAUGUGUAUCCCUCCACUCGUAGAAAAUGCCAACAAUGCAGUUCAACGUCGGAUCCAUUAUGUGGCACUAGCCCAAAUAGCAACAAAGUUUGUCCACUUUAUGACGAAAAUGAAUCGUGUGUAACGAACUACCGCAAUGGCGUUACAACACGUGGAUGUUCAUCCAGCAUGAAAUGCGAUGACCCCGAAAACAAGCGCACCUGUCGUAUUUGUGAUUCAGACGGUUGUAAUACUGUGAACUUGGAAAAAACGAAUGAAAAUGGCGAACCUGGUCGUUGGCAGGACAUACCACUCACCUGCUAUACAUGCAAAGGAGAGGAUGAUUGUUCAAUGAAGGGAGAUUUUCGCUCAUGUGUGAACAAUCCCUUCCAGAACUGUAUGACUGUAUUCAACACAGAAGGUAAAGUUAUUCAAAAAGGCUGCAGCGAUGUCGUUGAGGCAGAUCAGCAGUCGUACUGCGAAGCCAAUCCUGAAAAAUGUAUGGCUUGCAAUUCGAAUGGCUGCAAUGUUGCUACUGAUUUGAACCAGUAUGUCGAAUGUUUAGCAUGUGACACCGAUUCAAACUCAGAUUGUGUCAAUGACGUUAGCAGCAUUACUAAAACACGCCAGUGCUACAAAUUCUGUAUGACCGCGUUGUAUCCUCUGUUUCAAGAGACCAACCCAUCCUAUGGUCUAUCAAGGUCUUGCUAUGACGAUAUGGAUUUGGAUGACCGAGAAAGCUGCGAAGCUGGCAACAAAGAAUAUUGUCAAGUAUGUGAAAAUGCAAAAUGCAACGCCGUCGAUAUGCCCCAAAAAAGACAUAGUUGUUACAUCUGUGAAGGCGAUUCCUGCCAGGAUCCCGAAAUUCAGCAAUGUUCAACAUACCGGCCUGACGAUAAGUGCUAUAUCCGUUUUGACGAAAAACGAUCUGUUGUUGCUUUGGGCUGUAGUAGUGAAUUUAGCCAUGAAGACGCAAAUUAUUUGGUGAAACAAAAGCGACUUCACAUUUGUGAGGCUGAAGGCUGUAACCAUAUGGACAACUUACCAACUGCUCAAGUCUGUACCCUUUGCAACUCCCGUACCGAUAAAGAUUGUGCUGUUAAUCCAUCUAAGGUGACGGGUUACACAACAUGCUCUGCCUUACCUUUUACAGAAUGUUAUUCUCGCGUAUUACCAGAUGGUGCCACCGAACGAGGUUGUUUGUCCAAUUUGUAUGAUGAAGAAUUCCUGACCUGCUUGAAUGAUACUUCAGAUACAUGCAAAAAGUGCGUUGGCGACAAAUGUAAUACCAAAAUCUUCCCUGAAAACCGAUUGAUGUGUCAUAUUUGUGAUUCCUCUAUUGACCCAAGUUGCGAAAAUACACCCAACAGUUUGGGCAUUUGUCCUUCGUAUGAUAAAGAUGAUACGUGUGUAACUUCCUUCCGCAACAAUGUUACAUAUCGUGGAUGCAGCUCUAACUUGGUAUGUGACGUAACAAAUCCCCGAAAAUGUGUCAAAUGUUCCGGCGAAGGCUGCAAUACAAUAAAUUUAUCCAAGAAACAAGAUGACAAUUACGGCAUGUGGCAAGACCUCCCUUUGACUUGCCUUACAUGCUCCGGAACUGAGUGUGACUCAUCGCAAACUACAAAGUCCCUUACCUGCGAUUUAAAUAACGAGCAAGAUUGUAUGACUGUUUUCGACAACACCGGUAAGGUAGUUCGACGUGGAUGCACUGACACAGUAGAAAAUGAGUACAGAGUAUACUGCGAUGCAAACGAAGAGAAAUGCUUCAAUUGUAAAUCAAACAACUGCAAUACUGCUGUAUCACUAACGGAAUUCACCGAGUGUAUUUACUGCGACUCAAACAAAGACCUGGAAUGCAUAUGGGACCCAUUAAAUCCAAAACAUAAAGUUCGACAAUGCCAAGGAGGUUGCAUGACGGCUCUUUACCCAUCGGAUAGCUCCUACAACCCUUCAUAUGAUUUAAUACGAACAUGCUUAAACGACAAAGAACUCUCCAAUCAGACCGAGUGUUCUAGCGGCAAUGACGCCAAAUGCAAAUCAUGUACAGGAGUAAAAUGUAACACACAUGAUGUUCCAGAAACCCGUUUCACAUGUUACACUUGCGAUGGUGAAAACUGUGUAGAUCCAGUAAUUCAAACUUGUCCGUUGUACAAAGAAUUUGACCAGUGCUAUAUCAAAUUUGACGACACAAAUAGUGUAACUGAAAUGGGCUGCGUGAGUUCUUUCCGUAAUCAGCCAUUGGAAAACAUAAUUAAAACUAAGAAAGUUUCAAUAUGCAAUGGGGUCAACUGCAAUUCACUGGACACUAUUUCAACAGCUCAAAGGUGUGCGGUGUGCGAGUCCGGUGACGACGCAUCGUGCGCUGUAAAACCAUUUGAGAUAGCAUCGUUCAGAACGUGCAGCAAUUUACCCUAUACCGGCUGUUUUAGCAAACUAACUGAAAGUGGCACUACCGAGAGAGGCUGUCUGACAGAUUUAACAGACAAUGAUUUUGUUGCUUGUAUUCUGGGCACAGAUGAGAACUGCAAAGCCUGUAGUGGUGAUGGGUGUAACCGCGAGAUAUUCCCCGCCAACCGGCAACAAUGUUUCACAUGUACAUCUGAGGAAGAAUCAAAUUGUGAAUCAUUCCCUACUUCAAAAUACCCUUGUCGAAUUGUUAGUGAGUCCGAAACGUGCAUAACAGCGAUAAGCGGAAAUAUAACUGUUCGUGGUUGUAAAAGCGAUGUAUAUUGUGACGCAGGCUAUAGUUCCACGUGCCGAUCAUGUUUCGGCUCUGAAUGUAAUUCAAUAGAUUUGGUUAACAAAAUUGAUGACGGCUACCAUGGCGUGUGGCAACCUCUUCCUCUUCGCUGUUUCACAUGUGAAGGGGAGCAAUGCCUAAACUCGCUAGGUUCAGCUGAAACAUGCUCUAGCCGAAAUAUCAACCAAGACUGCAUGACUGUUUUCAAAUCAAAUGGGGAGGUUGAUCGUCGUGGUUGUUCGGACGAUGUGGAGAAUUACAAAGACUUGUACUGUCGUCAGAAUCCCGACUUAUGUGUCAGAUGCAAGUCUAACGAAUGUAACGUGGCGUGGAGUUUAUCAGAAUAUGUGGACUGUGCUUUCUGCGAUUCAUCAAAAGACCCCCUAUGUACUUUAAAUCCAGAUGGUUCCGGCUUCAAUUCCAGAAAAUGUUACAAAAAGUGUAUGGUAGCAAUGCAGGAUCAACGUGUUAUUCGUUCUUGUUUAGAUGAUAAGGAAUUGAGAGUUCAAAAUAAUUGCAAUGAAUCAGGCAGUAAUGAGUGUGCUAGUUGCGCCGAAAACAAUUGCAACAAAUUUGUAUUCCCUCAAGAUCGUUUGAAGUGCCACGUUUGUACAGGAAGUUCGUGCACAUCCAGCACAGGACAAUAUUGUGAAUUGUAUGCGAAGAACGAUUAUUGCUUUGCGAAAUACGAAAACGGCAAAGUAGAUUUGCUUGGUUGUGCCUCUGCACAAAAUACAAGUGAUUUGGCUGAAUGGGAGGCUCAAAAUAAACUAUACAAAUGUGAAGGUCUUGAUUGUAAUGAAUUGUCACGAUUGCCAUCCGAAGGUGUAUGUCUUGCCUGUGACUCUAGUAAGACACCAAACUGUAGUCAGAACCCCACGCAGAUCACCACAACCGAUACAUGCACAGCACCUAACAACCAGUGUGUAACACGCAUCAAUUCAGAAGGACACACAAUCAGAGGUUGCCUUAGUAGUUUAAACGAAGCUGAACAGUGGUGUGUGGUUUCCGGCACUUGUGCCGUCUGUUCAGGCUCCAAGUGCAAUAAUGAGAUUUUCCCCGCCAAUCGCCGUUCAUGCCAUAUCUGCAACUCUGUAUCUGACAAAGAUUGUGUUUCCAACCCAAACAAUCCCCUCAUUUGUCCUAUUUAUGUUCAAAACGAUAGUUGUAUUUCCAAGCUAUCGGCUGAUGGCAUUGUCACUCGUGGUUGUGCAUCACAAUUGGCUUGCGAAAAUAAUGAUAACGACUGCCAGAUCUGUUAUUCUAACGAUUGUAACAUUGGAGAAUUAAAGGGAUCUGCAUCUACGGUCACACAAAGCAUUACGUUGUCCCUGCUCUUAACACUUUUAUCUUUCUUAGUAAACAGAAACUUAUAA